AUGUCGCCUGUUUCUGGGAGCAAAAUACUUGCUGUGGCUCCUUGGUUCGAGGCCUGUUUUUUUUUUAAAACACUGCUCGGUUUGGAUAGAUCGGUGUGGAAUGUUGGUAUACUGGCUGGCUGUGAGAUAUUUUGGCCAUAUAUUGGUCGUUGUAGUUUUUCUAGAUAUAUGCCGGUGUCUAAAGAACCAACGCAUGAUUUGGAAUAUACGAGAUUGAUCGGGAUAUCGAGCUAG